UCUGCUUAGAAUUCAAAACUGCUUAACGACCACCUCUUCUUUAGCCUGGCCUUCCCCGAUGGGCCUCCUUCCCCUUUUACAGGGAGUCCUCGACUUACAACGGCUGGUUUAGUGACCGUUCGAAGUUAGAUCGGCACUGGAAAAAAAGUGACUUAUGACCACUUUUCACACUUACGGCCGCUGCAGCAUUUACCAUGAACGGGUGAUCAAAAUUCAGAUCCUUGGCAAGUGACUCAUAUUUAAGACCGUCGCUGUGUCCCAGGGUAAGGUCGGCACCUUUUGCUACCUUCUGAAAAGCAAAGUCAAUUGGGGAAAGCCAGAUAAGUAUUAACUUAUCCGCUGCUGUGAUUCGGUUAACAACUGAGGCAACAAAGGGUCGUAAAAUGGGACAAAACUCACUGAACAACAAUCUCACUUAACGAGAAAUUUGGGGCUCACUUGUGGUUGUAAAUCGAGGACUACCUGUAUUGGAUUAGAUCAAACCAAAUAGAAUAUCAGCAACAACUUCCCGAAAGGAGAAAUGAAUUGAUUAUAUGACCUGGAGGCAUGUAACAGGCAUAUAAUAAUAGUCGGGCUACCAGAUGACCCCAAGAUGGUGGCAAAGAGAUGUAGGAGCGUCUUAUUCUUUUCCGCCUUGUGGAGGGAAGAGUUUUGCAGCUCAGAUCUAGUAACCCUAGAAAUGGGGGCUGCUUUAUUACCAUCUUUGGAGUUUUCCUAAACAUUCGGAUUUGGUGUUGCAAUUAUGCACGGAAUAGUGCAAGAGCGGGAGAGUGUUGGAGUCCGGAGAUCCUGCCCAAAGAGGACUUUGAUUGGACUCUGCCUUCUAGGAGGACCAAGAGAGGAGCUCCAUCACGGGGCUCAUUUUGCAGAGCUCACAGACUGAACAUAUGCAGACAAGCGUGGUUUAUCGGUUGCUCCGUUGUGGGCUAGUAGCCAGGAUUAGGAGACUAAGGGAGCUGGGCUGCUUAUGAACAUCAGUGUAAUUUUCUUCUCAGUUAACCUUCACGGUGACCGAUGUUGCAUCUGUCAUGAUGUCUAGCAACAUAAAAGACAGUCUUGAGCUUCAAGUGGCGGAACUGGAAAUGCUUUUAUCUAUGUUUCCUAAUAAAGGAGAGAUAACUCUUCAAGAUGAAAAUGUUUUCCAGAAUAUUCAGAGGUACCUGAACAAUACAACUGAAAAUCUCCCGCCUAAAAUUGAGUAUUCAGUUGCUGUUCCUAUAAAUGAAACCAAGGCCAUUGUAGAUUUGCAGGUGGAAUUGCCUCACAGUUACCCCUACGUGACACCACAACUUUUUGCGAGAUCAAAUACAUUAGACAGGCAACAACAGUUGCAGCUCAAUAAAGACCUUAGGUCUUAUAUUGCUACUUUGGAGCCGGAAGAACUUUAUAUAUGUGCAGCUGUUCGGUGGUUACAGGAUAACCAUACAUUCAGAGUACAAAACAGUGAAGUUUGUGAAAGAACGACAAGGAAAGAAAUAGUUAAAGCACCAUUUAAACGCAUGUGGAUUUACAGCCAUCACAUAUACCGACAAGAACUGAGGAAAAAGAUCUUUGAAUAUGCAAAGAAAUUAAAUCUGACUGGUUUCUGCCUAGCUGGGAAGCCUGGGGUGAUUUGUGUGGAGGGCACGAAAGAAAACUCUGAAGAGUUUUGGCGUAUUAUUAGAUAUCCCAAUUGGAAACACAUUUCCUGCAAGCAUCUUGAGACGGGAGAAGCAGAAGGAAAUGGGGAAAGUUUCCGUCUCUUUCAGACCUUUGAAGAUUUACAGUUUCAAGCUCAUGGUGAUUAUGGAUUAAGGAAUGACUAUCACAUGGACCUUGGUCAAUUCCUAGAAUUUCUUAAGGGUCAUCAAAGUGAACACAUAUUUCAGAUCUUGUUUGGCAUCGAAGGAAAAAGUCCUGACACGUAGCACAAGUUCACUCCCUCUCUGGUUCUUGACAAGGUUUUGAAAUCUUUAAGCAUCAAACAAGAACAAAUUUACUAGGAGGACUGUUCUGGGUUAUAUUUGUAUGAAAUAAAGAGGGAGGAUUGGUGUGAUUAAAAUGUAUGAUAUAAUAAAAUAAAAUCCAGUAUUUAUACAUUUCAAAA